GGGAAAGUUGAAGAUCCAGGAGCUGCAAUCAGGCAGUUCUCUAGGUGCCGGGGUUGGCCUCUCUGUUCCGCUUUCGCUUUUGUUCCUUUAUUGGCAAACAGUACGCUUACGAAGUCAUGGAGACCCUUAAGUCGACUGCGCGGCUGCUGGUUGUCCUGAAGAAGCUGACCAGGAAGAGACUCAGCCAAUCACAGUGGCUAUGGAUGAUCCUCGCGGCUGUCUUCUGGACCCUGCUGUUCGAGCAGAGCAUUCUGAAAGGAGGAGCUCUCGCCACGCGCUACACUUUCCGGAAAUUCAAAGGGCUGCAGAAGUUCUCCGAGAGCUGGACACGUGGCACCAUCCACGAGCGCCGUACGCGGUACUUUGCUCCAUGCGCCCAAUGGAUUGUGGACAUCGUGCUUGCGCUUGCGCUGGCCACGUGCAUCGAUAUGCUUUUGAUGACGUUUGCCGCUUUCUGCCUGCAGCUGUCGGGAUGGAAAGAGGCAAUGCCUCUCUCCAGAGACUCCCAGACGAGGGGAGAAGAGAUGAGGACGCCCGUCUCCUUCCCGCCUUGUUCGGAAGGAGCCGACCUUGGGGGAAGAGAAGGCUGUCAUGGGGGGGAUCAUGGGGAUGGUGUGGAUGACGGGGGGACGGGAGGAAGCGGACAGGAUGGUCACGAUCCGAAGGUACAGCGGCAGCUAUCAUGGGAGAAGAAGCGAUGGUUUCCGAAAGUGCUGGUGCAGAUCGCCAUGUACAAUGAGCGGGAAUGCUACCAGCUGUGCUGGACGAUUUGCGACGAGGAGAAGAUGAAAUCUCUAGUGGACGACGAGGUAGAGCGAUGGGUGAAGGAGGGUGUCGAAUUGGUCGUGAAUAGGCGCACAGACAGAAGCGGCUUCAAUGGGGGGAACCUGAAGAGCGGGUUCGAGGCGCCUUACGCGAACGAGUACGAGUUCAUUGCCGUGUUCGACGCUGAUUUCCAACCCGAACCGGACUUCCUGGCACGGACUAUUCCGUUUUUCCGCGACGAUCCCAAGGUGGCGUUGGUUCAGGCUCGGUGGGAGUUCAACAACUCCUACCAGAACAUUUUGACUCGGACGCAGCUGAUCGACAUGUCCUACCACUUCGCAGUCGAGCAGCAGGUUCAGGCAGCGACGGGGCUUUUCUUCCAAUUCAACGGCACGGCGGGCGUGUGGAGAAGGUCAGCCAUCGUCGACGCAGGGGGGKGGUUGACUCGCACCACAGUGGAGGACAUGGACUUGUCCUUCCGAGCAUUCUUGCGCGGGUGGAGGUUCAAGUACCUAGACCAGGUGCGCGUAGUGUCGGAGAACCCAUCGAGCGUCCGUGCGUACUCUCGCCAGCAGCACCGCUGGUCUGCCGGACCUGCACGCUUGCUAGUCCUGGUCUUCGCGGAUAUCCUCCGCUGCAAGCAUCUGUCCUUCUCCAACAAGUUUCACAUGCUGGUGAUGUUCAUAUUCUUCCGAAAGAUUGUUGCUUCCAUCGUCGGAGCUGCGCUGGCUUUCCUCGUACCCCUGCUCUUCGUACUGAUCCCUGAGCUUACCCUUCCUCUGCCCAUCGCUCUCGUCGCCAUCAGUCUCGGGGCAGGCGUUGCUCGGAUACUGUCUGGGCGUCAGGAAUCGCUUCUUGCGUGUCUUCCCRUCGUGGCUCCUUACAUUUGGGUCGCGAGUUCCGUCUCUGUGACGAAAGCAAUUGGCUGCGUGCAGGGACUGUUGGACCGACCCGAGGCUAGCGAAUGGGUUGUGACGGAGAAGACGGGAGGGGGAGGGGGGCAGGGAGAGUGUGAGGAUGAUGAAGAAGACGGCGAAGAAGCAGGAGGAAGAGAAGUAGGAAGAAACGCAAGACAAGGAGGAGAAGAAGAAGGUGAAACGGACUCUUUGCUUUCUGCUCACAUAUACGGUUUGAAAAUUCUCCCUGUACAGAGUUCCUCAGGUGCGGGAGACAUCGAACUCGGCCGGACUGAGAAAGCGACGGUGGGAGCACACCUUCCUCCGCCGUUGGGUGCAGAAUACCUUCCGCCGAAGAAGAAUAAAAGGACCAUUUUGAGAGCCCAUUUAUGUCUUGCGGCCUUGCUUGUGUUGUACUCCUUUCCUGCGUUCCUGUCCGCGCGUACGCUCUUUUUCUACAUGCUCUUCCAGGGCCUAGUCACGCUAACCUUUGCAUGCAGCUUUAUUGGAGACGACUGAGAUUAUAUUAUGAGACGACAGUAGUUACGAUAUAUAUAUAUCGUCAAAUAGAACUGCCCGGUAAACCGUAGGCAGAGAGGGAGAAGAGGACAACAAAUGAGGGGCUGUGACAAACUGUUUCGUCGGAGUUUCACCGACUCAUCAGGAUAUAUAUAUAUAUAAUGAAACAGAACUGCUUGGUCGAGAAACGAAUGAAUGGCUCGUUCCACA